AUGAGAGCCGAGAUCGAGAGAGAAGGGUCGUUUGCUGUGGAUCGCCUGGAGAUCAUCGUGAUCCCAUGGGAUGGGUGUAAUGGAGGAGGAACGCUGUAUGACAGGGCAACCAUGGCGAGGAAUAUGGGGAAAGCGAUUAGAGCAGUGAACGAGGCGAUGAUUCGGAGCCAUUUCGUUGGAGGAGAUGCGGAGUUUAUGGACCGUUCGUUUCAGAAGUUCGGUAGGAUCAUGGUGGAUGACUCGAAGGAAGUUGAGCAUGUCAGUAUGAAUCUUUGCUUCAACAAUAUCUUCUGUUGUUUAACUGAGCCGUAG